AUGCGUUCCGGGGGCCGCGGGCGGCCUCGGCUACGGCUCGGGGAACGUGGCCUCGCGGAGCCAACCUCACCAUCCAAGCGCCGCCUGCUACGGCGGGUGCAGCUGUUGCCCCUGCUGCUGCUGACGCUGGCCGUGGGCUCGGCGUUGUACAUCAUUUGGAGCGGCUGGCACCGCAGGACGGAGAAGCUGCCGCCGGGCCAGGAGCUGCGGGCCCCGUUGAUCGGAAGCCUAUCCGAAGCCCGGCUGCGGAGGGUAGUGGGGCAACUGGACCCGCAGCGUCUCUGGGGCACUUUUUUGCGCCCCCUGCUGGUUGUGAGAACCCCAGGCAGCCCCGGCAAUAUCCAAGUCAGAAAGUUCCUGGAGGCCACGCUACGGGCACUGACAGCAGGCUGGCAUGUGGAGCUGGAUCCCUUCAUGGCCUCAACGCCUCUGGGGCCACUGGACUUUGGCAACGUGGUGGCCACGCUGGACCCAGACGCUGGCCGUCAUCUCACCCUCGCCUGCCAUUAUGACUCAAAGCUCUUCCCACCUGGGUCGGCCCCCUUUGUGGGGGCUACAGAUUCAGCUGUGCCCUGUGCCCUGCUACUGGAGCUGGCCCAGGCCCUCGAUCUGGAGCUGAGCAGGGCCAAAGAGCAGGCAGCCCCGGUGACCCUGCAGCUGCUCUUCUUGGAUGGUGAAGAGGCAUUGAAGGAAUGGGGACCCAAGGACUCCCUUUAUGGCUCCCGUCACCUGGCCCAGCUCAUGGAGUCUAUACCCCACAGUCCCGGCCCCACCAGGAUCCAGGCUAUUGAGCUCUUUAUGCUUCUUGAUCUCCUGGGAGCCCCCAAUCCAACCUUCUACAGUCACUUCCCCCGCACGGUCCGCUGGUUCCAUCGGCUGAGGAGCAUUGAGAAGCGUCUGCACCAUUUGAACCUGCUGCAGUCUCAUCCCCAGGAAGUGAUGUACUUCCAACCUGGAGAGCCACCUGGCUCUGUGGAAGAUGACCACAUCCCCUUCCUCCGCAGAGGCGUCCCAGUGCUUCAUCUCAUCUCCACGCCCUUCCCCACUGUCUGGCACACUCCCGCUGACACUGAGGCCAAUCUUCACCCACCCACGGUACACAACCUGAGCCGCAUCCUUGCAGUGUUCCUGGCUGAAUACCUGGGGCUCUAGCCUGCCGGCUAAUGCCCAAGAGGGGACCCUACUCUGAGCAAGAAGUGCCCAGCAGGGGAUAUGCCAAGUGCACCUGGAGCUGGUGGAUCUCAGGCCACGCCCACUGUGGGUGUGCUUGCUUGUCCUUUUUUAUACCUUUGGCUCCUACUUGUGCUCCAGUUGGAAGACCCCCUUUCCUUGGAUUAUCUUCAGGGACAUGGAAGAGACCUUUGUGGGGAUGACAGCCAAAGGAAUAAGAGCUGGGCCCCUGCCCUGAGGUAAAUACUUGGUCUGAAAGUUUGCAGGGACCAAAUGCUAUUCUUUUAGUCAGCAAACCAUGGACUGGCAUCUGGACUGGCAUUCCAGCAAGCAACACCACCCAACCAAAUGAAUUCUCCAUGGCUUAUGUUUUUUUGUUAGUUCAUUCUCCAGAAUGUCAGCCUUGCUACUGCACCAAUCCAAACCUAAUUCCCACCCACCUGGGAUCCACAGAGGAUGUUCUCAUAAAUAGGAAAAGAGGAGAUGGAAACCAAUACUUAGGAACUCCAGAUUCUGCAAGACCCAAUGGGCAAUAAACUGGUAUUUAUGCAAAAUAUAUUCUGCAGAAAUAGUGUAAAUAGGUGUUGCAAGGAAAAGGGGAUCCAAGAUCAAAGAAAUGGGGUGAGACAACAUUAAAUUUCUUCAGUACACGGUGUAAAUUUUCAAGAGUAAGACUGAGAAUGCAAUGGUUCCCAAAGUAUUUCACCAUGGAACCCCUUUAUUGGAAAGCACCUCACAAAAAUAGGGUACCUCGGAAGAUACUUUGGGAAACACUGGGUUUGGACCAUUUAAGAACAUUUAUGGUAGGAAUGGGUAAGACAGACCUAGAUUCAAAGUAGUUAUACCAAACCAUCUUUCCUUUUCAGCUGUGUGUACAGCAGUAUGAGAUGUGAGGAAGUAUUUCCCAACACAACCUAAUUUUUAGACUCAGCUGGAGGGCUUAAUAAAAAAAUGCAGACUCCCACGUUUCACCCCGGCCCUACUGAACCAGAACUCCGGGGAGGGGCUGGGGCUCUGUAACAAACACCUGAGGGAGUGUCAUGAUGAACAGAGUUUGGGACGUGCUGUACUUAGGAUAUAGUUUGGUGGAUAUAUAGCUGCUUAGCAAACCUAUUCAAAAGAAAACCAUAAGAUGGAGGGAGCCUAGAAGAAGAGUCCUGGGCUCUGUGCCUGCUGGUUUUGUGACUUCGAUGGAGACUUGGUAGGUGGCAGAAAUGCCAGGCCAAGAUAGAGGACUAUUAAAUGUUGAAGGUGAGCAUUGGCAUUCCAAGCCAACUCUAGGCUGCAGAAGACUCAAUAGAACUCCAGGACUGAAACUGAAGAUAUCAAUGAGAGAAGAUAAACAGAAGGUCCUCAGUUCAGGUGCCUCCACAGUUGCUUUUUAGUGGGCUCCUAAUAUGUGCCAGGCACCAUAAGCACUUUACAUAUGUCAACUCAUUUAGUUUCCCUGCAAGGGUACAAUUUCGGUUCUCAUCUUGCAGGUGAGGUGGCUGAGAUUGAGAAUCGUGAACCAGUUGUUUGCAGAGUCCAGAUUCUCACCCAGGUCUGUGCUCCCAAUCCCCAUGUCUUACCUCCUUUUCAGAAGUCACCUGUGCUGGAUGAAUAGUUCGUUGACAAAAAGGAACCCAAAGUUUUUAAUUGGCUUUAUGCACAUUUUUGGCUUGAAUUCAGGGUAAGAAUUAUUAGCCCCAUUUUCAGAUGAGGCUGCUGAUGCUUGGCAAGGUGAUGUUUCCCCAGGUCCCAUAGCCAGCAGGUCCUAUGGCUCUCAUCCAAACCUGGGCUCCCCCCGCUUCACCCUAUGAAAGGUCCAUCAGUGUAUUUCUUUCUCUUUGGGGCGGUGGGGGGGAGCAGCUGGCCAAUACAGGGAUCUGAACUCUUCACCUUAGUGUAACACCACCACACUGUAACCAAAGCUAACCAGCUAGUGUUCAUCGGUGUUUUUCUUUUUUUUAAGAUAAUUGGUAAGGGGAUCUUAACUCUUGACUUGGUUUCAUCAGCACCACGCUUUCCCGAGUUAGCCACAGGCCGGCCCUAUCAGUGUAUUUCAUAAAUACAAACUAUGUCUCACAUAUUUUUUGAGGAACUGCUAAGUAUUCCCAUUGUUCAGAUUAAGAAACUGAGCUUCAGAUAAACCAAUUGCCCAAGAUCACAUAGCUGGGAACCUUGACUGCAAUGUAUCUAGGGGUACGUUUCUUUUUAUUUAUCUAGCUUAUAACUCAUUGGAUUUAAUUAGUAUCUUCUUUCAGUUUGGAAUUCUAAACUAUCAUGUCUUUAAACAUUGUCUGCACCAUUGUCUUGAUUCUGGAAUACCAAUGAAAUAUGUUAUUGGUAACUCGCCAGUUAGGUCAGUUGGUUAAAGCACAGUGCUGAUGACACCAAGGUCUGGGGUUUGAUCUGUGUACCAGCUGGCUGCCCCUGCACACCUACCAAAAGAAGAGAAAUGUUAGACCUCAAUAUCCUCUGUAACCCUUCUUUCAUAUUUGUUUUUGUUUGUUUGCUUUUUGUCUCUGCAUUUUUUUUUCACCCAGCUCUAUAUUUUUUGGCUGCUGACUGGUAUGGGGAUCUGAACCGUUGACCUGAGUGUUAUUAGUUCAGUAAAUCUUUCUUCAGCUGUCUCUAAUUUGCUAUUUAUCCCAGCCAUUGAGUUUUUACUUUUGGUUACUGUAUUUUUCAUUUUUAAAAGUAAAGUCGGGGGCCAGCCCGUGGCUCACUCGGGAGAGUGUGGUGCUGAUAACACCAAGGCUGUGGGUUCGGAUCCUAUAUAGGGAUGGCCGGUUCGCUCACUGGCUAAGCAUGGUGCUGACAACACCAAGCUAAGGGUUAAGAUUCCCUUACCGGUCAUCUUUUUUAAAAAUAAUAAUAAUAAAUAAAUAAAUAAAUAAAUAAAUAAAGUCGGUGGGUUUUUUCCAUUCCUAUCUGC